GUAAGUAGGCGUGGUGGCGAAUGGUCAUACACACACGGCGGGACUUUUUCUAAAAUCGUCGUUUGUGUUGUUUAUUCAAUCAUCUAUUGCAAAUAGCGAUGCAUCUAUGAAGUCUUUUGAAUGAUUGAUGUUUAGUUUUAAAUUUCAAAUCUGUGGUGAAUCAUUGUGUAAUUUAUGUGAUAUUGUCGAUACUUCGAAUUGUCUGUUUGUAGUUUUGAAAAUAUCUUUGGUAUUUCCAACGAAUUCUUCGAGUGUUUCUUAGGUAUUUCUAGCAGAUUUUGUGUUAAAAGCAACAGCAUUUGAUACUGGUGUAAGCUUAAGGUCACCCGUACAAGUGAUAACAAUUGAGUGAUUAAAUCGGUUAAAUGUUAAUUGAUGUAUUGUGUGGGUGAACCAAAAUGGUGACAUGGUAUGUGACGGAUCGCUCUAAAGACGAGAGCGAACAGUCGUCGCCAUUCCGUCGCUGGACGACGUCUGGCGGCGCUCACAGCUCGUACCGGCAUCACGACCACCGCAACAUGUAUAACAAGCAGCAGAUGAGUGAAGGCACAGCUCCGUCGUCUGGCUCGUGUGGAGGAGUGGCGCGGUGGUCUUUGGGUCUGGAGCAGUUACUGGCUGACCCGGCAGGGGCCGCUGCCUUCUUGCAUUUUCUGUCUAAGGAGUUCGCUGCGGAGAACAUUAGAUUCUGGUGGCUAUGCGAGCAAUACAGCACAACGGAGGACGCCUGCAGACGCGCGUCGCUCGCGAAGCAGAUCUGGGACCGCCAUCUUGGAGAACGAGCGGACGAGCCGGUCAACGUGGACGCAACAGCGAGGCGGGCCGUGGCUGCCAGGCUGGGCACUGAACCCGCGCCGCCUGAUCUCUUCCAGCAGGCUCAGAAGCAGAUCUUCAACGUGAUGAAGUUCGACAGCUACCCGCGCUUCCUGCGCUCGGCGGAGCACGCGGAGUGCGCGCGCGCAGACCUGCGCGGGCUGCCGCUGCCCCACAGCGGUCGCGCGCACGACUCGCCCACCAAGUUAAAGAAAUCGGCCAGCAACGCAUCAGAACGGCGACGCAGCGGCGGCGCGUCGUUGCUGCCGUGGAGACGCGCGCCGUCCAAGGACAGGCAGGCGACGCCCGACGCGCAGGCGCAGAACCAACCGCCGCCUGUCACUGAUGUGGUGAAAUCCUCACAAAUCAACCACGGUCAAUGCUCCCUCUGCCGCGUGGUGCUGCCAGAUGGCGCCACAUCCGUUGUGGGCGUGGACGAGAAUGUAACGGUGAAGAGGAUGGUGGACAAACUGCUGGUCAGGAGGAAUCUGGUGUGCGCCAACUACGACGUGCUGCUAAAGGAUUGCGCUCAGGGUGAAACCCCCACAAUAAAUCUCACGGCACCAUCUACAGUCCUCGGCGGACGUGAAGCGCUAGUGGAGCGCUGUGCAGUCGUCAGAGUGGAGCUCAACGGCCGCAGCGUCUGUGUGCGAUGUCGCGCCGCCAGGAAACUGAGGCAUGUGCUGCCCACUGUACUGAAGAAGUACGUGCAGGCGGCUAAUGUUCAGAGACGGGUGCUGAAGGAUGGCUUUGACGUCAGUCUGGAUACUUUAAUGCAGGAUCUAGACGGGUCCCGGCUGCAGAUAGCGCUGGCGGCGGGCGACGAGCGGGACUCCGACGCGGACUCCCUCAGCGACCUGGCGCUCCGCCCCGACGAUCUGCACGACGACGAACAGAGCGCGCUGGCGCUAGCGGGCUGCAGCCGGCGCGUGCGCGCGGCGCUGCGUCCGGGCGCGCCGCUGCAUCAACAUCCGCACGAUUUCCUCGAGAAUCUCCGAGAAACCCAACGCCAGCGGCUGCACCAGCGCCCCUCGCCCUCUUCCCUCCCCUCCCCGCCGCCGCCACCCCCCCCAGCCGCGCCCGCAGCCUCCCCCCGCACGCCGCCCCCUCUCCCCCCUAAACCGCCGCAGAGAACCGCCCCUACUGUAGUCUGAAUAAAUAGUUAUCUGCUAUUGGUGAAGUUUAAUAAAGUAUGAUUCCAACUGGCGGGUCAAAAUAUGAGAAAAACCCGCCUGGAGUGUUGGAUCGAGACGAGACACGCUCGGCGCGUUUUCAUGGGAAAAUAUACCGUGUAAAGCAAAAUCAGCAUUCAUUAGUGAGCAAGUUAUGGAGAAAGUCAAGGUUUGGAGAAAUGUCCGGGUUUGAUAACGUUGAAUUGGCCCGUGAUUUUAUUUUUAGAAGAAAUUGGUGAUAAUAAUUCAUUGGCCUAUAUAUAAAAUCAUAAUGACAUUUGUCGUUGUCAAUAACUGUCAUUUGAAAAUUAUUUAAUCUGUUUUCGUUCAUAUUUGAUGGACUUUUGUAAGGAUCGACUAAAGUGCAGCUUUAAAAGCUAAAAUAUAUAUGGAAAAGCAUGAAAUAAAUGGUUUUAUGGUUGUUUGUAUAUUGUGAUUGUCAUUUUAGUUAAAGCUUUAAUAUAGCAAAUAACAUUAAUUUAAGAUAUUAACAGCUAUAUUUUAAGUUCGAUUCUUAUGGAUCUAUGGUCGGACUACAGGCCAAUCCUACAUCGAUUGAAAACCAUUUUUGAUCUGAAAAAGUGUUGCUUAAAAACUACAAAAGUUAUUUUGUGCGUACAAAAUGUUUGCCAUUUUUUAUAUUCAUUCCAUUACAAGUAUGAUUCUUUCGUACGUUAUGUGUUUUGUAAAUAUAACUGUUGUAAGUAAAAAUUGAUGCCUUCCGUAGCAAAUAAGACUGCACUAACUGUAGUUUUAUUGGUGCCUUUUAUGUGUUAAAAUGGACUGAAUUUUAUUAUAUAUGGACCAAACAGUUUGGUCCCUUUCCAUACAGAAAAAAAACUAAUGGUGUUUUCAGUUACAAACUUAAACUUGGAGUGCACUCCAAAUAAGAAUUAAGAAAAUAACGUGACAUUUUGAUUGUCUGAUCUGAAAUGUCAGUGAAUGUAAUUUUGACGUCUUCAGUGUGUUGCAUUUUUGCCUUUAACUGUACAGUCUGUAAUUAGUAGAAAACAAUUGUUUCUGUGUUUCCGCUAGAUUGGCAACACUGAGCAUUUAUCAAACAAUCUUGAACAUUCGGUUUGGUAUUGCAAUAACAAAUAAAUGUAUUUCAUAACUACAUAUAACGGGACUUAUCACGAACCUUUUUAUGUUCAAAAUGUAGUUCAUCAAAAAUCCGUUCUCUAUACAGACUGUAAUUUGAAUUUAAUAUGUUAGUCACUUCUAUAGAUAUUAAAUCUAUGGUAACUUCAGUCUACGCAGUAGCAAUAAGGCUAAAUCAUCACUAACGGAAGUGAAGGGAAGUACAGACAGCCACGUGUCAAGUUACCCUAUAUGAAACUCGAUCGAUCGCAAUAGCGGCGAUUUCUGUUAGCUUGAUGUGCUGUCGACUGUACUGUAAACUAGGCACUGAUAAUUUUAGUUAAUUUAUUGUAAAAACAGAUGGUAUAUGAGCGGCUGUGCUCCGAGAGUAUUGAAUAUCGCAAUAAAAUCAACUGACAAGUAA